CUGAGUUCAGCUUGGCUGGGCAGUUUAGUUAUGGCUGAAGUUGGCGAGGCAGACAGUGUUGUGAGCGAGGGGUGCAUACAAGAGCUGCUCGAGGUCUUCAGCAGAGGCGCCUACAAAGCCAGGAACGCAUUGGACAGAAGGAACGAGGUCAUUCACAAGAGGUGUAUUCAUCUUAUAGCUCGAGACUACGAUGUGGAGGUGAUUGACAAUAAGUCUGGGCAGCUGUGUGGACACUAUCCGUCUGAGCUCAUUGUCAUCGAGAGGCACAAGACUUUUGCCAGAACAACUUCCUCAGCAACACGUGGCCGUGGUCACCCGGUCAACGAUACAGCUAAGUUGAAGGAGCUAAUCUCGACUGCCAGAUAUGCACGAUGUCGGUUGCGAUUUGUGAUGCCAGUCAUUCUGUUUGAGAACAAGAAUGUAUGUCGCUCUGCAACUCUGUCAACGAUGGCAGAAAUGUACGGGAGAGCUGGAAUGGACUGGUUCACCGUACAAUGUAUACGUAUACAGGUGGAGACACAGCAUCAUCAUCAUCGAUACCAUCAAGUAGUAGUGGAGGAGGUGGUAAGGACAGGGGCCGGUCAGGUCUCCUUCUCUCUCCUCCUCCUCCUCAUCACCAUCGACCUCUGGCAGUGGCCGUGGGCAGGUGGACAAGGAGGAAGUACUAACACUCGAUUUUCUUGUAUACUCAGGGAGCUGAUGACAAGGGUGAGAGGUCAAGAUGUCCAGCUACUGAAGGCCACGGGGGUGGAUCUCAUCUGUGACCUGAUGGUCGAGAAGAAGAAGAGCAAGUACGGACUCCUAGUGGCAUCGUCAGAGAAGGUGGAUAAGUGGGCUCGCUACUGUGACUUCCAGAUAGCCUCAAUGCCCUAUCCAGGAUGUGAGUUUUUCAGGGAAUACAAAGACAAGGACUUCAGUCCAGUUGGUCUACACUUUGACUGGAAGCAGUCAAUGAUAGAUGCAGACCUGCUAUUGCCUGAACCUCUGCAAAGAAUGACUCAGAUACCAUUCAGGACCUAUCAGGAGUGGGAUUUGGUGCAGAUUACACUCAACUACUUGAAGCUCUUUCUCGCUUACUUACAGCAUGGCAAAGGAGGUCUGCUGAUUCACUGCAUAUCGGGCUGGGACCGCACCCCUCUCUUCAUCUCCCUCCUCAGACUCUCGCUUUGGGCGGAUGGUAAAGCUCACUGCUCUCUGUCUCCUAAGGAGAUUCUCUACUUCACACUUGCCUACGACUGGUUUGCAUUUGGGUAUGUAUCCGUUCACUAUUUGAGGUUCCACAUUAUGUUCUUCUGCUUUGAUUUCUUGAAGUACAUCACAUCGGACGACCUCUCAGUCAACAGAACACCACAAUCCCGUGGUUCUCCCUCUACUAAUGGCGGGGGUCUGUACACUCCUGCCAGUGUUCCCUGCCAGAGGACCUUCUCUGCACACGACUGCUCCUCCCACUCUACUGAUCUAGGUCUUGUUCAAGCUACUCUUUUCUCAUCGGUACCAAGAAGCCAGUCCUACUCGAGCCCCCUCCCCCCAUCGACCAUGAGACGGCAGAAGUUGCUGGCAGUACGGACGCUGUUCCAGAAGGCCUACAGAACUGCAAUCCCUGAGUUGCAGCCUGCUCAGGGAGCCAUGGCCUUUGCCACUGGCCUUCUCUCCAGACUGCCUCUCUUUGGGAGUAGUAGUAGUAUACAACAACCCACACUAGCUAAACAACGCGAAGGUGCACUCACUGAGACGGACGUACAAAAGGUCGGGUCCCGCGAACGUUUGGGCAUUAUGGACGAGGAGCACGAACGGAUGAUGUACCCAUUCAGACAGAUAUUUGCUGAUGCUACGAACAAACUGAGCACGGAUGAAGCCCACAUGCUUUACUACACGUAUGGCAAAAAAUAUCCACCGGCUGGUCGCGAUACAGUACCCAUGGUACUAGACUUAUUCCGUUCUCUGGAGAAACGGGGACUGCUUAGCCCUGAUGCCAGAGGCAUGGCCUUCCUACGAGAAAUGCUCAUUGGCAUAAAUCGUGUAGAUAUUGCUAGAGACUGUGAGAGACACAGGCAACUACUGAAGGCCAAAAGAAUUGAACCAGUCUACUCAAAACACUUGGCUAAUAAACCUGCCAGGAAACUAAAGCAGAGAAAGCAGAGGCGACUGACAGCGUAUUACGCACUGAACAAGAAAAUAAAAACAACAAUCUUGGACUAUUUUCAUGUAGAGAGAGACCGCCAACCCCCAUCCCAGCAGAGAAAUGUUUGACAGACUCUAAAACUUUAUGAAUGGGUGUCUUUAAAUGUUUGUAUGUAUGUAUGUACAUAAUAGAGAUUGUACGUGUACGAGUGACGUGAUAAUGUGAUCAUACAGUAGUCUCUCUAUGAUGAUGGGUGAUUAAAUGUGGAUUGGUAGUAGGAGUGCCAAAUGCUGAGCUGAAAGAAAGUUCAGAUUGUUCAUCAUCUUCUCGUUCCUCAAAUGGAUCAGGAUCAUGCUCUCCAGAAAACUCAUUCUGUCUUCUCAAUUGUGGAGAAAACGAGGGGUCUUCAGCAAGUGGGGGGGAUGUUAGUUCAAACUCCCCCCAUCUCCCUGAUAGUGGCCUCUCUUCUGUAUCAUGAAAAGCCAUGUUG